CAGUCGACCGAGUCAACCAAACAAACAGCGUUAGCCGGUGAAAAGUGGGUGGUAGUAAACAUGAAAUUUCAGUAUUUUAUAGCUUUUUGUGGUGUCUUUUUGUUCAAAAAUGUUAGAACGUUUAGUGGCGACGAAAAUGGAUACAUUUUGUACUGCCCUUGCAUGGGUCGAUUCGGCAAUCAAGCUGACCACUUUUUAGGCGCGUUGAGCUUCGCUCGCGGUCUCAAUCGUACACUUGUGAUACCACCUUGGGUUGAGUACCGUAAGGGGGAGGCAAGGUCGAUUCAGGUUCCGUUUGAUACGUACUUUCAAGUAGCGCCCUUGCUAGACUAUCACAAGGUGAUUACCAUGGAAAAUUUUAUGACAAAUUUGGCCCCAUCAUUGUGGCCCCCCGGCAAACGAACUUCAUUCUGCUACAUGGAACGGAUGGGAUUUCAAGGAGAAUCGGAUGGUGGCUGUAACGCCAAGAGCGGUAACCCGUUUGGACCAUUUUGGAAUACUUUCGAAAUCGAUUUUGCAGGUUCAGAAUUCUUCGGACCAAAAUUAAACUAUGACGUGUACCAUCAUGACAUGGCAACUAAAUGGAAUGAAAAAUACCCAGCGAAUAAGUGGCAUGUGAUCGCAUUCACAGGUGCUCCAGCCAGUUUCCCAAUCCAGAUCGAAAAUCGUGAGCUGCACAAAUAUUUGAAAUGGUCGAUCAAUAUUGAGAAUGCCGCGCGUGAUUUUAUCAGAACGUCAUUGCCCAAAGGAGCUUUCAUGGGAAUUCAUCUGCGAAAUGGAAUAGAUUGGGUGCGAGCCUGUGAGCACGUCAAAGAAAGCUCCCAUCUGUUCUCUUCCCCACAGUGCCUCGGAUACCGCAACGAGAAAGGAUCGCUUACGUUGGACAUGUGUUUACCAGCGAAGGAGAUUAUUAUUCGCCAGAUUAAGCGUCAAAUCAAGAAACAUAAAGAAUCCUACAAAAACAAUGAAAUCAAAUCGAUCUUCGUCGCUUCCGAUGGAAAUCACAUGAUUCAUGAUUUAAACGAUGCCCUAAAGCGGAUGGACAUUGUGGCAGUUAGGUUGCCCGAGAAUAACCCACAUCUGGAUCUGGCGAUACUAGGAAUGUCCAACCACUUCAUCGGUAACUGUGUGUCAUCUUUCACGGCCUUCGUCAAGCGGGAACGAGACGCAAAGGGAUUCCCGUCUACGUUCUGGGCUUUCCCCGCAGAGAAACACUUACCCAAGACGUCGAAAGAUGCCGCAUCGUUGGCCCACGAAGAGCUGUAAUAAGGAGACAGAAGUUAAAGAAGCCAGCGCAACAAUGAAUUGACCCAGAGUUUUUUUUUCGGCGUCAUUUGGGUGAUCUGAAUAAUGAAACUGGAAAUGUAUGCUGUUAAGUACGUAAGCGUGCUCGUAAUCGGUUUGCGCCGUGUCAGCUUCUCUACUACUUAUAGGUAGGUAUAGGUAUGUAGCUUUAUCGCUUCUCUGUUCGUCCUUCACUGAUGUAGUGUUUGCGAGUUACCACGAUGACGUGAGUGUUGUGUGUGGAAUAGUUUAGGUGGACCGCGCUUUGAUCGUAGAACGUAACUACGUUUAGUACGUACGAACACUUAGACAUUUUUCAUUGCCAUGUUUACACUUUUGUCCAGUAUUUUAAUUUACGAUUGUGAUCAGCCUUUGAAUAUUAUCGAUAUUUUAACAAGAAAACACAUUAGACGUAUAAACGGCGUUGAUUGAAACAUGAUUUAGAUUGCUUUGAGUAAAUACCAUACUACGUAAGGUAAAGUGCCUAUUUUCACCCUAUUAAGUGGGUACCUCACUAAUUCACUCGGCCUACAUAGGAUGAAAUGCGUAUAAAUUUACAUCAACAGCUUUGCUUCGUUGUUAAGAACCUUUCUAAUAACACAAAUUCCCUGAAAACGAUGAAAUGCUCCUGUUUGAGCGCAACGAAAACUCGAAUCGAGUGCCCUACCAUUUGACUCAAUGUGUUGAACAAAGAUGGAAGACACUGCUCUCUAAUCAACGGCUUCAAAUGGGUAGGGUGAUAAUAGAAACGUGGCGAAAAUAGGCUCAUUACCCUGUAUGAGAUAAACGAUAGAAGCGCAGAGAAACAAAUUGCAAUUAAUUGGUUUCAAGAUACUUAUAGUACUGUAACUUGCGAGCAAAAAAUGGCUUAUCCAUAAGUUUGACAUUUAAAAGAAAAAAUAAAUUGAGAGAGAGAGAAUACUGGUAAAAAAAAUCUGGAGAAAACAUUCAGAAGACCGCUAACGAUUACCGGAUGCGCUUAACUUAAAUAUUUUACUCAGGUUUUAGUGACAUUCUAGUGAAAAGAUUUGAAACACUUAGUUUUGCCUAAGCAUUUCCUAUUUGUUCUAUAGUUUUAUGUCCUUAGCAAAUACCUAUCUGACGGAGUUAUGUUCCAAUGAAUUAACGAAGAAUAUAAACUAGUAACUACUAUAGCCACUGCAUAUUCACG